UAAUUCUCUCUCCAUUCACCUCCAGUGUAGUCAUUAACUGUCAUGGCUGCCCCCGUUGCGCUCAUUCAAGGGGCCAGCAGAGGACUGGGGCUUGCAUUUUGCAAACAUAUCUUGAAAAGCAAAAGCCCAGCUGCCGUUAUAGCGACAUGCCGAAACCCGGACGGAGCCGGGGAGCUUCGGGCCCUGGAAGUCCAAAACCCGGGCAGACUGACGGUCGUGCGGCUGGACGUGACCCGGGAGGAAGACGUCCAGGGGGCUGCGGAGUGGGUUAAGGGGAGCUUCGGUCGGCUGGAUCUGAUCGUCAACUCCUCAGCAAUGCUUCACCCCUCCGGGAAAGGAGAGACCAGCCUCAGAGAUGUUUCUGCUAAGGGCAUCAUCUCUACCUUGACGACUAACACAGUGGGUCCAUUGGUCAUGGCCAAGUAUUUUGCCCCCCUACUCCAGAAGGGUGGAGGUGGUUUCGGACAGCAGCCUGCAGAAAAAGCUAAGCAGCACAGUGGCAUCAUCGUUAACAUCACAGCCAAAGUCGGAUCGAUUGGGGACAAUGGUCUUGGUGGCUGGUACAGCUACAGAAUGUCUAAAGCAGCUCUCAACAUGGCUACCAGGAAUCUGUCUAUAGAGCUGGGCCGCAGUCGACCAAAGGUGGUAUGCGUGUCUUUACAUCCAGGAACAGUGAACACAGAUCUCUCCCGCCCCUAUCACAGGAACGUACCCGAAGACAAGCUUUUCAGUACUGAAAAAUCUGUGAAAUGUCUGAUGAGCAUCAUAGACACACUAAAUAUUGAAAAGACUGGCAAGGCAUACAACUGGGAUGGCUCUGAACUUCCUUGGUAGAAUCAUUAAAUGGAGAACGAGUGAGAUGAAUCAACUUGACUGUGUUCUGAUGCUUAAUCUCACAGCACUUUUUACACUGUGCAUUAGGCUGGACUUAAUUUGAAAAGUGUCCUCAAUUGAGACUAGGGGAGUCAAAGACAGAGAGAGACUUCUUCAACUACCUCACAGAGUGCUAAAAUAACCUCUGAUAUUUAUAAUGAUAAAGCCAUCACAUAAAGACCACAUGUUGCCUUAGGAUACAUUGCUAUGCUAAUGACCAAGUGUAGCACAUCAUAGACACAUUUUUGGUUGACCAUUAAUAACAAACACUCACAAUUACAUUCUUGACUGUAGUUUUAAAAGGGGUUUAUCUGCUAGUUGAUCUUCUGAACAGGCUUAUAGUUAGUGACUUCUACCUCAACUGUGUCUUGAAAAUUUGGUUUAAAGAGUGGAGGUCAGCAUAUUUCUUAAACAGGUCCAGUCCUGACUUUUCUCACACUUUGGAUUAACUUUGACUUGUAGUAUCCAGUCUUAAUGCUAUGCUAAGCUGACCGUCAUCGUAUAGCUUUAGCUUUGUGUCAAGCAAACAUGAGAGUGUAACUGGUCUUCUCAUCUAAUUUUUGAUAAGAUAGCUAAUAAAUGCGUAUUUCAAAAUAGACCUUAAUUUGUUUUAAUGUGAAUGAGAUGCCUUAAUAAAUUUCAGAAAUGUCUUGCUGUGUUGUUACUUAAAUAUGGAAUAAAAUGUUUUUUUUUGCUGUGA